UGGCUACCUGCCAAGAGAAAUCAAUCAUUAAUAAAGAGGCUUUCUUGUUGCAACACAUCUUCAACUCGCUUUAGACAAACCGAGGGAUAACCGAGGAUAACCUAAGAUACAGAAUAGAAUCUAAAUUUAUCUUAAUUCUGAGAAAGAUUUAGCAUGAAAAUUUAUUCUAUAUUAUUCUAGCAUUCUUGUUAAAAGAUACAUUUCUACUGUUGCAACAUACCUUCAACUUGUUACAAGGAUAACCGAGCAUAAUCUAAGAUACAAAAUAGAAUGUAAAAUCUUAACUUUCAGCAACUUCUUUAUCGUUCUAUCAUUCUUAUUCAGAAAUAUGGUGUUAGUUAACCCUACCUAGGCUGAGAAUAGAUACGAACGACUGUUAUGAAGAAUUUUAGACGCGAACCAUUUCCGAUAAAUCUCGCCCUGGCGCACUAUAACAUAUCACAAAUGAUUUAUUUCAGAAAGCAGACGGUCGCCUGGCCGAUGUCUGUCCAGCAGAGAGACAGUCACAGCAGACAGGUUCAAAGAACCGAAUCCUUUAACCUAAUUUUCAGAUUCGGUCGCGUCACCACAAUUUACGUCGUCCGUCGAAAAAAAACAAAAGAUUCACGACCUUUCUAAUCUUUCUCGUUUGCAGCCAAAUUUAUGGAUUUUCACACGGAUCCCGGCGACCGAUUCGAUCACGAGCACGGGUUUAUUUUUCGUCCCGCUCUGUCUCUCCCGGUCUCUCUCAGUCUGCGCUUGUUUUUUCCCCCUUUCCUCGUUCCCGUUCUUCUUUUUGGGCCCCGUCGUCGACGUGCUUUGCCACGUAUUUUCACGCACGCACGCGGAGGCUGCAUUUAUUAAAAGCGAUACAUUAUGAUUCAAAGAUCAUAUCUUGGGAUUCGUCUAGACGGUGGAGAGGGAGACACCCUAUAAAGUCGUACGUGGCUGCCCCUGAAACAAGCAACCGAAUACAAGGUGCCUUCUCGUUCAUUUCUUCUCGCCUCCGAGCCACCGUUUUUCGUUUCCUUCUUUUCUCCCGCGAGCCCCUUCGUCACGCCAGUCCGCGUUCCUCUCGAACACGUGAAAACGUCUCCCUUCUCUUCCCACACCACGAACAAAUCGUUUCAUCGGACGAAAAUUCUUCCGAAAAUGUCACAUGGGGCGAAUUCACGUUCCUAGAUUUGUCAUGAUAUACUGAUCCUGAAUCCCUCGUCUGCAUCUGGCGAAGAAUUAUUCCAAGUAGCAUUGGUCUGCAUCUUAUCGAAUAGAACAUCGCCAUUGCCAAAAAGUGGGUCUGUGAGAUACCUAUUUUGACAUUUCGAAAAGACAAAGGGGCGAACAGGAGAGAUAAGAAUCGUUGGAAAAAGGGAAAAAUCGAGCAGACGAAGAAGAAGAAGAAGAUGCGAGCGCGAUAAAGCGUCACGGAGAUCGAGAAAAGGCAGUCGACCGCGGGAUUUGGGCGAGCGAGGGAAAGGGAUUACCACACGCGCGCGGCGGGUGGAGCGAGAGGAACAGACGCACGAAGAGAAAGAGAAAGGAGACGAAGGAGAAGAAGAAAAAAGCGAGUGAUCGUAGUAACACCGGCGCGUCUCCUCUCGCGGCUUCGUGCUUGUCUCGGAAUUAGUGAGUAGACAGAAUUAUGUCCGUGAGCAGACCAGCUCGGCUCAGUUGAGACUUACUGCUCAGCCCGUGCACACGUAUGCUACGAAUCUUUCCUACUUACAUAUAUACCGCGGCUUCCUGAUGCGAUUAGACUAGUCCGCGAUCACCCGCCACAGAGUAUCACGGACCAGUUUAUUUAACACUUCUUCGUAACGCGGAUACACAGCCAGCGUCUUCCGUCAACGUUUGUCGAUCCGUUCUCUGGGUCACUCGCUACGACGAGAAGAACCACGCGGUUUUCAGCGAACCUACCUCGUCACGACGAUUGCUUACCUUUCGGGGGUUGUGAAUUCCCUCGCGCGAUAAAAAUGAAAGACUCCAUUGAACGAUAACAGUGGCUACAUUACCGUAUCAAUGAACGAAGUGGUGGCAUUUUCUGCCUUCGUACGAUCCUGACAGAGAGAAAGGGACAAAACAAGUGAGAAUUUCUCAGUCUGAGAAGAAGAGUUUGAUGGUGGUCGUCAUGGAAUUCUCUGGGUUCUUCGUGUUGUUGUUGGUCGUCUCGAUUGCAAACAGUGUCUCGGGCCACCAUCAUCACCGCAGUGUGCACGCGGACGACAAGAAGAAGGGAGAUCUGAUGGACCACGUGAAAAGGUACGCGGCCAGUGACAACGAGAACGUGGUGCUCUCCGAGGGCGACAAGAGCAGGAGUCUGAGGGGCGAAGAAGCUAAAGGCACCGUUCCCUUCAGCGAGAGGAGGCUGGAGAAGAUGCUGGAGAAAGCUAUCCUAAAAAUAAUCACUGGCGAUCUCAGCACGGGUGACAUGUUGCUAUUAAAAAGCCUAAAUUACAGUCUAGAGGAAGUUCUGGCGAUUCGUGAGAGGGAGCUGAACAAGAAGAAAGACGAAGAACUGAGGAAAAAGGAAAAUAUGAAAUCUUGGUCGAAGGUGUUGUACGGAGAUGGAGAAAAGAAAAGUAGAAAUUGGAAUAAAAAUUCCAUGGACCGUUCGUCUUCGAAGAAACCUGAUUUUGAAAACGUUAAACGAGAAGGUAAAAAGAAUCGUCACGUGGAUAGGUCACCUUCUUACAAAGAUUUCGACUUUGAGGCGUAUAAUCGACAGGCGAUCCUCGAUUACGAGAACUUACCCUCCAACUUAGAAUUUCAGCAAUCCUGGUCAGAACCCACGGUUGUCGACUACGAAGAAGCUACCAAAGCUUCCAAGGAGCAGGAUGUCGCAAAUAAUCUUCAUCGUGACUUUGACAGAGCUAUGGAGCCUCACGUGGUCUUUAAGAUCCGAUACGAUGACUCUGAGUUCGAUUCCAGCUCAGGUUCCGAGGAAAGUAACAAAAAUCAUCUUAGAAUGCCUAAACAUCACGUUUCGAUGAUGAGACAUACAACUUCGAGGAAUACUGGCAAUUCCUUUCAUGCAUCCACAUCGUCACCGCUCUCUUCAACUACUGCUACUACUGUGCCUUUGGUUUAUCAAUUGAGCAGCACCAACAUAAAGGGUAACUAUCUAAACAAUGAUCCUAUAGCAACCACACUUUCAACAUCGAGUGGCGUCAGUACCACCAAGAGUACCAUUUCAGAUAAAAUUUCGGAGGACAAAAAUGGUACAGAUACCGUCGUUCAUGUUACCAAUUCUACUGAUAAAAUAGAAGUUUCAAAAAGUGUAGAGAAACUUAGUGAGAAUAAAAGGAUCAGUGAAUACGAAGGACUCGAAUGGGUCGAGGAUGACGUUUACAGAGUUAUCCCUGAAUUCGUGGAUUCCCUUGGUUUCGAGAAUACCGAGGAUAAUGAGACAUCUGACUAUGAAGACUCUACUCACGAUUCCCGACUAAAUUGGAAUCCGGAGGAUAACGAAAAUGAUACGUUGGGGUAUCUAAACGACACUCCUGAUUCUGUCAAGCUCUUCAUGGCCAACAAUAACGUAUCCGCCGGCAGCCUUCCCUUAGCCAAUUUGUCGUCCUACCUGCAACUAGCCAUUGCUCAUCGACGAGGAGGAAACCUAACCUCAAGCUUCGACAGCCAGGGUGAAAAAGCCAUCGAGGACAUCAAGACGCGGGUUCUGGCUCUCACCGGAAGAUUCAACCUCAGCACCGAUGCCAACCAAGUUCAACGCGAACGACUCACCAUGUUUUCACCGACCUGUCAAAUUCCUCGGAACACGGAUCAAGAUGCCUGGACGGACUCAUUCUCUAUGAAUAUGCACUUUCAAUUGAAUUUGACUUCCAGCGAUCACGUGGUCGCCGCUAAAUUAAGAAUAUUCAAAUUACCACAAGAAAACACGACAUCUUCUUCAGAAAGCACGUUCGACGAGGAGGAGGAAGACGAGAAGAAGAUCAGGAUAUCGGUCUACUAUUACACGAAAACUUUGAAGAGGCAUCGAUCGAAGAAACGCCUGAUGGAUUCGGUUGUGACUCCUCUCACAUCCAGAGGUACCCAUUUGGCAUUGGAUGUGAGACAAAGCCUUCGAUUCUGGAGACUUAACCAACGGAAUUCUCAUGGAAACGGAAGUAACCAUGGGCUGGUAAUACAAGUUGAAGAUCAAGAUGGCAGGCCGCUGAAACCGGCUCUAUAUAUUCAACAACCGUCUUGCGCGGAUCAGGAUUCAGAUCAGAAGGCAUACCAGCGAGUACCUGCACUCUUCGUACGAGCCUGUACUCGUUACGUUCGCAUCGUAAAUGGAAAAACGGAGACGUACGUCAACUGCAGGCAUUAGAGUGGAAAAGAAAAACACUUACAUGCUGUGAGAAAAUAGACAAUCAUUCACGUUGCACUUUAUCCUUGGAAAAAACAAGGAUCAUUUUUACGAAGACCAUAGAACAUAAUCCUUGAACUGUUGCUCGAUUCAAACACAUACCAACAAUAAGUGUGAAAUACACUUUUGUAGAAAGAAUAGUCGUCAUUAAGCUGCGACGUGUUUGUAUCGAUUAUCGAUCAUAACUACAUACUUUAUAAAUUCGUUAAGAAAAUGGAAAAACCAAUUUUUCCAUUGCUAUGCAAUGCAUAUGCAAUUAUUCUUGCAUAAGUGAAUGCGUUAAAUUCAUUAAUAUAAUAAAACAAAAUUUAAUAUUUUUUAUACAAAAAUCAUAUUGACGACAUUCUGGGUUUUUUUUUAUCGUUCUAAGCGCGCGCAAUACAAAACGCAGACAAAUGCGCCGUCACCGCUGUAAUUAGUUUCGUAGCAGUAACGAAGUAAAAAAACGCGCGAAAAUUGCAUUAGUGGCGAACUGGUGAGAGAGUGAGUAUAAUCCCAGUAAAAGUUUUUUUAUAGACUGCUUUUUAAUUUAAACAAGAUGUUAACUUAAAGAUGGAAUGCCGUGUUAUUUAAGUGCAGUAGUGGUAAGCUGUAUUUUAUUGUUUUUUAUCAUUUCUUGUAGUAUGCGUACAGACCGUGGCUUCUACGAGAAAAACAUCGAAAUACCCGUUAUUUUAUGAAUAAUAUUAGAGUUAAAUUUUAGUAUGAUUUAAUGAUGUACAUACCAGUGAAAUCGAAUCAGUAGAUUGAUUAAUAUUAAAUUAGAUUAGAUCAUGUUAGAUUAUCGAAUAGGUUACUCUCUUGACAUGUAUGCAUGUACACGUUGCACAUGUAUGUGCAAAGUAAUACGCGCAUAUACAUGUCAUGCCCACGACUGAUGCAACCAAAUGUAAGAGCUUAGACAUAGAUAUUUAUGUUUUACGUUAAUUAAGCAGUGCAAAUCCGUGCUGAAUUUCUAUUACUACACUUUAGGUGGGACCAUAUAGAAUAUUACAGUUUGGUACAAGCACUAAGUACUUCACUAUGUUGUAAUGGCCCAUCUGAAAGAUUAUGUUACUUACUAUUAUAUGCUGUUGUUGUUUAACAAAGAAGACAACACGUUCUCAAAAAUCCUACAUAAUUCCUGUACAUAAUGUAUAUUUAAUUGCCUAGUUGUUUAAAAAUAAAUGGUUUGAUGUCGAAUUUUA